GUCCUGGCACAGAGAAACAAGCAGAGGCCAGGUACCUGCAGACACUUAGAGCCAACCACAAUCAGAGCCAAGUGCCGCCCACCCAGGACCCAUUGCAGGCCCAGUCUCCUGGAUCCAGUUCAAGUACGAACCAACUCUCUUCCUGGAUCAAAAGCCAGUUGUCCCGCCUGCUGCCUCUCCAAUACUUGUUGCAACCACCACAGUCCCAGUCGAGCACCACCCAACAGCAGAUGUCUCAGCAGCCACCGCCAUCACCAUGGUUACCACAGACGCCACCUCAGAUGCCACCACAAAUGCCACCACAAAUGCCACCACAGAUGCCACCACAGAUGCCAUUCCAGCCUGCACAAGAGUCGCCGUUUGGACCACAACUGCCAUAUAAUCCCCAAUUAGCGAAGCAACAACAGCAACAAUUUGCCCCAUCACCAUACUACAUGCCCAUGGCAGGUCGAGCGGAAUGUUCUGGCUUCAAUCCAGGAAGUCUGUGUUGUGACGGCAUUCUCAACAUGUGCUGUGGGGAUAUACCUGUGCCCAAACCCAUGUCGGGGCCACCCUUGAUGUGCUGCGGGACCAUGCUGUACAAUCCGGCCACUCACAUUUGUUGUGACAGUUUUCCCGUCCCGAACCCGUCAGGGACACUGAGGUGCUGCAGGAAGACGGCCUACAACCCCGCCACUACCAUGUGUUGUGCCGAGGCGCUGAGGCCCCGAACUCCUUCCAACAUGCACAUGGACUGUUGCGGUAAACACAUGUACAAUCCACGAAGCCAUACUUGCUGCGACGAAGGUAACAUCAUUCUGAAAGACCCGUCGACCCAGUGCUGCGGCAAGAAAUUCUUCCAACCAGCCGUGCAGCAGUGCUGCUUCGGGGACCCCUUGCCCAGGGAUACUUUCUGUAUGGCCAAAUAA